AUGGUUGUGGAAAGUAUAAAGAAUUUUGACAUGACCUUUACUCAAAUUUCGGUCGCUUUUAUUCUAUUAGUUAUUAUAAGGUCUUGGUAUAGUACAAAAUCACAAUUUUUGGUAAAGGCACUUAUUAGCCUUAUUUUCGGACUAGUAUUUUCAGUUUACGGAAGUAUCAUUUCCAUUAUCUUUACAUUUAUUGGGAAGCGAGGUCUAAUAAAUUGGGUUACGGCACGUGGAUACGCAUAUGUUGCAGGCUCGGCAGUUGGAAUAUCUUACAAAGUAGAGGGCGAAGAGUAUCUUAAUACUGGACGUCCCGCAAUUUACAUAUGUAAUCAUCAGUCUGCAGUAGAUUUAUUUGUACUGGGAAGAAUAUUUCCUAAAAAUUGUGUUAUAGUUGGGAAAUCAUCAUUAAAAUUCGUACCACUGCUGGGAAUAUUUAUGAUUCUUGGUCGAGCGGUAUUUCUCGAUCGAACUAAUAAAAGUGGCGCCAUAAAUGCUUUGUCUAAAGCAGCCCAAGAUAUUAAGGAACGCAAGACGAGUGUAUUCAUCUUUCCCGAAGGGACACGUGCUCGAUUAGAAGAAGCUGAUUUGUUGCCAUUUAAAAAAGGAGCAUUUCAUAUGGCAGUACAAGCAGGAAUUCCAAUAAUUCCAAUUGUCGUCGCAAAUUAUAGUGAAAUUUAUAAUUCAAAACAGCGGAUUUUUCGUAGUGGACAGCUUCGCAUUAAAGCUUUACCACCAAUUGAGACUACAGGCAUUAAUGUAGAUGAUAAAAAUGAGAUUGAUGCUUUAACGAAAAGAGCACGUGACAUAAUGCUAGAUACUUUAAAAGAUAUUACACUAUCACAUUCGUAA